AUUAUGCACACGCCUAAGCACAUUCCCUGAAAUGUGAGCAUUCUCGAGGGUUUCCGUGAGAAGACAACAGAAGCAAAUCAAGUGUGAGAGGAAAGUGAAAGGAUUACAGGAGGAGCUCUGAAUGGAGUGAUGCUCAGGAGAUUAUACGAGACAGCAGCUAAAAAAAAACCUGGAACUGAGAGCUUGUACAGAAGGCCUGUGUAAAUACACCGGCUCUGCUCUGAGACGUCUGCACAAUGACAGUGCUAUACCGAACUUUCCUGCUCUUCUCAGUCACUAUGGCCUCGCUGGUGCCCCAGAGGCCCAUACGGAAUAAGAGAGGGCUGCUGGAGCUAGCUGGAGUCAUCAAAUGCAGCACGGGGAGGUCAGCCUUGGCCUAUAUGAUGUACGGCUGUUACUGUGGCCUCGGAGGGCAAGGCUGGCCCAGAGACAGGGCAGACUGGUGUUGCCACAAGCACGACUGCUGCUACGGGGAUGCAGAAUUCGCAGGCUGCGAAACAAAGACCCACAAAUAUAAGUGGACUUGUGAGGGCAAGGAGGCUGACUGUGAUUCCCUUGAAGACAAAUGUGAAAAAAUCCUCUGCCGAUGUGACAGAGAAGCAGCCAUGUGCCUAAGAAAGGCUCCUUUCAACAAGAAAUAUGCCCUUUGGCCAGACUUUAUGUGCGGAUGUGUACAUCCCACCUGCAAUAUAUACUGAUUUGUAUGUUCAUUCUAUGUACUUUUUCAGACAGAUCCAUUGCAUAGUGUAUUAGUAUAGACAAACCAUAAUCAUUAGUUAAUAUAAUGUUUUUAUACAUAAAUGACGAUUAUUUGGAAAUUCUUUUUGAAAUAA